AUGGCGAUGCACUGGACAAAAACGAAACAAAAACAACAAAAUAAAGAAAAUGACACAUAUCAAGCACAAAUAUAUAAAAACACUGAUUAUAUACGAAAUAAAUCUUUAGACAAACUAAAUGAUAUCACAUUUAAAGAUAUUGAAAUUAAUAAACCAAGUAAUAAAGAUUUUGAAGAUAUAAAUAGUCAAAUUCAAAAACAAAAUGACGAAAUUAAUUUCACAGAUAAUAUAGACAAAAAUUCUCAAUUCGAAAUAGUACCGUUUAAAAUCAUAGAAGAAUUGAAUAGAUUAAAAAUAUAUUUAGAAAGAAAAAAUAAAGAAAGUGAUGGUUCUUGGUCGGAUUCUGGAUAUAAAAGUGAUUCGCAAAGCAGAAGUUCGUUUAAAUCGCAUCAACAAACCCAAGAUACUUUGGUCAACCAUUCUGCUAGAAGUCUAAUUAAUUUUAUAUUAAACAGUCCAUUAGUUUUGGCCGCUAAAGAAAUUGUUAUUGAAAUAUCUUGGGUGUUAGGUCGUUUGAUAGACAAAUUAUAUGUUGAAGAAAAAUAUUUUUUGUUCCUAGAAGAAGUUUUAUCAUCAAUUGAUAAUUUACUUCAAGAUAUUUAUGAAGGUGAAUCAUAUGAUGAAGAUGUAUUCAAAAAAGAUAACAACAUAAAUCGCUUAUUCCUUUUAAAUAGAUCAAAUCAUAUAAUAAAAUAUACAAUAGAAAAAAUAACAAACAUAUUAAGCACAAUACAACUAACCAAUGAUUCAUUAGAAAUAAAUAAUAUAUAUGAAACAGAGAAUUUAUCUUAUAUACUACAUAUAUUAGAAUGUCUUUUAAAAAGAUAUAUAAUAAUUAAAAAUCAAAACUCACAAAUAUGUUCACAAAGUACCGAAGAUGAGAAGUAUUUGAAGAAAAGUUCCAUAAGUAAUAUUUGGAGAAAGAAAUGGAAUCCAAAUUAUAAAAUAAUCUCAAAUGAUCCUUUAGUUGAUUCAAAAAGUAUAGAAAUUAAAUGUAUGGAGGUGUUAAAUAAAAUAAUAGUGCAAGCUAUGGAUGGGUAUAGCUUAAUAUCAUUUGCAGCCUUACAAUGUUUUAAUUUGUUACAAUCUUGAUUAUUAAAUAAAUAU